AUGGAGGGUGGAGUUCAGGCUCCCAGUUUGGCCGGACGGCCUUCCCGCGUGGCUGUGAUCCUCACGGAGGGACAAGCAAGCUACAAAGUUCCUGACAAUUGCUGGAGUCACAGCGUUGGUGACCAGCAUUUUCGUGAAUCUCUGAGCGGGAUCCUCUGCGGGGCGGCACAGAAUCCUCACCGCUUCUCACAGCUCCGGUCACACCUGUUGCUCAUGGCGGGUACGGCAAAGAAUGCAGCCGCGGAGCAUCAUCUUUUCACAGGAGCUUCAUGCGUUUUGGUUUUUCUGAGCUGUCUGGGGUCUACGCUGUGCGCUGAUGUACACUCUCUUACUUGCAACUUGAUAAUCAGGUCUCCUACCAAAGCAGAACCUCUCUGGUAUGAAGGACAGUGUUCAAUGGAUGGAAUUGAUUUCCUUUCUUUUAACAACGUGAACAAGUCCAGGCCUUUGGGUAACCAGGAGCAGAUGGCAAAUACCACUGAAGUACGGAUAUGUUUGACCCAAUGGCUAGACCUGUUGGGCCAGGACUUAAGGGACAAAGUGUCUGAAAUCAAAGCGGACACUACCAAGACCAGUGGUCACCCCACUUUACGGGUCACCAUGCUUUUAAAGCACAGACACGGACAAAUCAUUAGUGCUUUCUGUGUAUUCAACAUCAGUGAGAAUUAUUCCUUCAUCUUGGACCUAAAGACUAUGAAGUGGAAACUGAUUAAUCCUGUACCAGAGGACAUCAUGAAAGAAUGGAAAGAUGAUAAGACAUUAAUGAAACAUCUGAAUUUGUCCAUAGUAGAAUGCAGUCAGAAAUUCAAUGAAUUCUUAAAUCAGCACGAGGAAAGAACAAGAUCAACAACAAGGGCCCCAGAUAUCACCCAGCCUCCACCUACCAGGCAGUUUCCUUAUAAGGAAGUAUUGAUCCCUGUGGGACUCAUCAUCUCCAUCAUCUUUAUUAUUUUCAUUUUCAUAUGUGUGAAGAGGAUGUGUAGUACCCAAGGAGGUAGAAAACUUCAGCUGCUCAAGGACUACUACAUCAACUGGCACAAGCCACAGAGGAAUGAGGGGCUAAAGGAGACAAGAGGAGAGGUUCCCAACCAGACCACCAAAAUGUUGUCCCAGGAGGAAGAUCCCAAGACAUUGGGAGGCCCCAGGAGGGCAUCGGAUCCUGUGGAACUGGAGUUACAGAUGGUUUUGAGUACUGGGAGCUGA